AUGUCCUCAUUUUACGAUCCAGGAUACCCUGUGAACGAUCUCCUACUCGCUUCAUCACAUCCAGUAACGACCCCUGUUUAUUCCCCCCCGUAUGAUGUGCGCGGGAGGCAGCAACAUUUCAUCGAAACAGCCCAGCAGAGGAAGGAACGGAUCGAAUUUUUGAAAAAGAGAGAAUGGGCCCGUCGCGUUGCUGAGUGGAUUCGAGCCACCAGUGCACGGCAGGAUGUGAUGUCCUUUGGCUGUUCUGGUAGUCUUGCAGCAACAUCAUCCAUGCAAGACAAUAGUCAUGGUGCUCGUUUGACUUCUUCUGCAUCAUCCAUCUCUCUGUCGUCGAGCGAGGAAGAGGAAGAACCAUACGUCAUUUAUAGUUCAUCUCCGUCAUCUUCCAUGUCGUCUUUGUCCGAUGACUCGUCUAUCUCCCCAGUCUCUCCCUCGCACCCGUCUAACAACAUCCACCCAUUGUCAAGCACCAUACCAUUUCCCUCCAAGCGCAGCCACCGUCGUCGUAGGAGCAGCACGAGUCUCAUGACUCCACGUCGCAGACCUUCAUUAUCCAGUAUCUACGAAGUUCCGGAGGAAGACUAA